GAAGUGGCGGCGGCUUCUUCCGGCGGGCGGUGGGGAUGCGGCUGCACCGGGUUCCACCGCGGCUGUGGGAGGCGCUGCGGCUGAAGCGGGGCAUCGCGGCCCGGCUGCCCGAGCACUACCUGCGGGCGCUGCGCCAGGAGGAGGCGGAUGCCGCCCGGCCGCCCGCCGUGCACUGGAGGCCGCAGGAGCGCCCGCGCGAGCUUGACCCGGCCACCGGGCGCCGGCGGCGCGUGCAGGACGUCCCCGUGCCCGUCUACUACCCGCCGCAGAGCCAGGAGGGCCUGUGGGGCGGCGAGGGCUGGGUGGUGGGCUUCCGCUACGCCAAUGACAACAAGCUCUCGGCCCGGGUGAAGAAAAUGUGGAGGCCGCAGCUCUUCUACCGGGAGCUUUACAGCGAGAUCCUGGACCAGCGACUCACCGUCACGGUCACCAUGCGCACUCUGGACCUCAUCGACGCCGCCUUUGGUUUCGACUUCUACAUCCUGAAGACUCCCAAGGUCGAGCUGUGUUCCAAACUGGGCAUGGAUCUGAAGCGCACCUUGCUGUUAAGACUCGCCCGCCGGGACCCUGCGCUCCAUCCAGAUGACCCUGCAAAGAGAGAGGCGAUUUAUGAGAAGUACAAGGAGUUUGUCAUCCCAGAGGAGGAGGCAGAGUGGGUUGGGCUGAGUUUGGAAGAAGCAAUAGAAAAGCAGCGGCUCCGAGAGAAGAAGGACCCGGUUCCCCUCUUCAAAGUCUACGUAGAGGAACUGAUGCAGCAGCUCCAGGAGCAAAAACAGACUGAAUUGGCCAAAGAGCAAAGGUCCUGACGAGGAGCUGGUCAUGGCAGGGGGGACCUUGAUUGAGUUCAUGUUAACCUACACAAUGGGCUGUCUCUUGAGGAGGCUGAAUCAUGGACGAAUUCUUGGCGCGAAGGAGAGGAACGGCUGUGUCCCUAUCAGGCUGUGAAAAAUGUUGUCUGCCUGUCCAUGUACCACAAGAAAUUCUGGCUCUCUUGACCUGAGUUUUCAUCCCUCAUUAGGGAGCUUUAGCAGAGCGCCAAUAAAGAGACCCAUGCAUCCCCA